CCCGCCGCCCCAACACAAAGAAGCUGUGGCUGAUAGAGAUGCUUUUGUGUGUGUGUGUUAUGCCUGUGAGAGUCCACCCUUAAUGAGAAACAAGCAGAGAGCUCUGAUGGCUGGAAGGACGGAAGAUUAAUAUAUAGAAGAGACAGAAGUCUGUGGUAGUUCCACGUCUAGUAGGAAUCUUAGUGGGCUGUUUGAAUUCUACAGGAGUUAAGAUUCAGAUCUGUUUGGAACAGGAGUGGUCCAAAUUAGAGAGAUCCUGACUGAUCAGCUGGGACGUGCUCACCUGAGUGGAGCCCCGGACAUCAUGGAGAAAUUCAAGGCAGCCAUGGUUCUGGGUGCUGUUGGCGAUGCCUUGGGCUACAGGAAGGGCCGCUGGGAAGGCUGCAUCUCAGGCAAGAAGAUCCAGGAGGAGCUGGCCUCCCUGGGGGGACUCGGGGCCCUGAAACUGGUCCCUGACAGCUGGCCCCUGAGUGAUGCAACGCUGAUGCUUAUGACCACAGCAGAAGGUUUGAUAACAGAUUACUGGUGUCUGGAGGACCUGUACCGGGAGCUGGUGCGUCUCUAUGUUGAUGCCAUGGUGUCCCUCCAGGGCAGAGCCCCUGAUCCUGCCACAGUGGAGGGAUGUAUUCACCUCAAACCUCACAACUUCCUGCUCGCCUGGCACACACCCUUCAAUGAGAAAGGGUCUGGCUUCGGUGCAGCUGCUAAGGCCAUGUGUGUUGGAAUGAGAUACUGGCAGCCUGAGAGACUAGAGAACCUGGUGGAGGUCAGCAUUGAAAUCGGCAGAAUGACACACAACCAUCCCACAGGUUUUCUUGGUUCUCUGACGACAGCACUGUUUGCCUCCUACGCGAUCCAGGGGAAAUCCCCUGUGACCUGGGGCCGGGAGCUCAUGAAGGUCAUCCCUCGGGCAGAGGAGUACUGCAGGAAGACCAUCCGACACAUGUCAGAGUAUCAGGAAAACUGGUUCUACUUUGAGGCCAAGUGGCAGUUUUACCUUGAAGAGAGACAGAUAGAAACAGAAGAGCAGAACAAACCUUUGUUCGCUGAUCGCUAUGAUGCUGAGGAGACAGACAAGAUAUAUAAACGUUGGAGCUCAGAGGGCCUUGCGGGCCGCAGGGGUCACGAUGCGCCCAUGAUAGCCUACGACGCCCUUCUGGCUGCGGGGAGUGACUGGUCUGAGCUGUGUAAACGAGCCAUGUUCCACGGAGGUGAGAGUGAAGCCACAGGCCUGAUCGCAGGUUGUCUCUAUGGCCUCAUGCACGGCCUGAGCCAGCAGGUUCCCUCAGGCCUUUACCAGGAUCUGGACAAAAGACAGCGUCUGGAGGAGCUGGGGGAGGCACUGUACAAGGCAGCAGCUACAGAGAAAAUAGACAAACCAGAUUCUUGGAACACCAUUAUCAGCCCUGAUGCCGGUAUGUUGAGGAAGUUGGUUAGAGAUCGCAGCUGCCGUCCCGUGCUCCGAGGGAUUUUUGAGAGUCUCCUGCACUACCUAACACAGUGUCUGCCCAGGCGGUCCACCGUAAACAGAAACCUGGAGAAGCCGGAGUCUGGUUCUGUGGCAGCCAGAACCACAACAAAAGAUUGUCCUGGUCAGAGAACGAGAGGUUCCAUGAAACAUUCUCAGCUUAAGAUCAAUUCCACAAUGAUUCAGUUUCCUGAGGAGGAUCAGAAGACGCAGAGAAACACUGAGACCGGUCCCAAGAUCUUCAAAAGAUUCCGGUCGGACCCGGGGAGAGACCGAUUGCCAAGCAGGUGUGGAGAAGACGUAGUUCCUCGGCGUCUCACCACAUUCCAGCUCCUCCAAUCUAAAUUCACCAGGUCUACACCUAAACCUCCCAUCACCCACCAGAGGGAGGUAGGAGGCCUGUCCUCCAGCAGAGGUGUGACAGGUAAAAGGGGCCACAACCAUGACAGUGAGCGAGAGACGCACAAAAGGGACCAAGCAAAAAGAGAAAAGGGACUGAAGAGGGGAGGCAGUGUGAAGGAUAUAGUUUCCAGGUUUGCAACAGCUGAGCAUAAAGAAAUGGGACUAAAUAUGAAGAAGAAACAGCCAAUUAAACCAGGACUCAUUGGGCGAGGGAUCCUCUUAUCUUCUUUGAUGGAGAGGUUUGAGACCAUUGCCACAGUGUGCAGGGGAAGGGACUUCAAAUGUCCACUUAAAAUAUCCUCUAGGGGAAAUGACAAGGCGGUGGCAGGCAGUAUAAAACAGAAGGUGGCCUGUUACGAAAGAGGUCAACGAGAGGCAGCAGAUCAAACUGUCCACAAACAAAACCGUCACAAGGUCAAGAAAAGUAAACCUCUACAGCAGUUGAAGGGAAAUCAAAUUGCUAACAGGCAAGAGCAAAGACCAGAGCCGACAGUGGACAUUCUAACAGAACCAGACACAAACCUGAGAGAAAAAAAUUAUUUCACAGUAGAACAACGGAGACAAAUGGGUUAUCGGCCUCAAAAUCCAAAGGCUGGUCAUCACUGUUCAUCAAAACUUUUGAAUAGCAAAGCUAACGAUAGUCUAGCUAUGAAUAGUCAAACUAAUGAUGGUCAAACUACGAAUAGUCAAGCUACGAAUAGUCAAGCUAACGAUAGUCAAGCUAAUGAUAUUCAAGCUACAAAUAGUCAAGCUAAUGAUAGUAAAGCUGCGAAUAGCCAAGCUAACGAUAGUCAAGCUAACGAUAGUCAAGCUACUAAAAGUCAAACUACGAAUAGUCAAGCUAACGAUAGUCAAGCUAACGAUAGUCAAGCUACUAAUAGUCAAACUAACGAUAGUCAAGCUACAAAUAGUCAGGCUAACGUUAGUCAAGCUACGAAUAGUCAAGCUAAUGAUAGUCAAGCUACUAAAAGUCAAACUACUGAUAGUCAAGCUACUAAUAGUCAAGCUAACGAUAGUCAAGCUACUAAUAGUCAAACUAACGAUAGUCAAGCUACAAAUAGUCAAGCUAACGUUAGUCAAGCUACGAAUAGUCAAGCUAAUGAUAGUCAAGCUACUAAAAGUCAAACUAACGAUAGUCAAGCUACUAAUAGUCAAGCUAACGAUAAUUACGUAAAGGACUUGAGGUCUGGAGGGGAAUGUGGUCAAAUUCGGACCAUAGCUAAUCAAACCCAAUACGUCACCAACAGGUUAAAAUAUGGACGUCAGGAGAUGCUUUGUUUAAUAUGUGUCUCAGAGUGGGCCCCACCAGAGCCCUGCCGGCUGUGUCCACUAUCAGAACCCUUAUUGAACAGGCAUGUGGCGGCCAUUGUGACAUGUGCUUUGUGGUCCACGUGUGUGAAUUCCUCUCCCAGACAAUAUCUGCAAGAAACCAAGCCCGAGACCUCAGAGACAAAACCAAAUGUGAAGAAAAACAGUCCGAGUGAAGCACUGCCAUACUCUCACGGCGAGUCAACUGCAGCUGAACUCUCAGAUGUAGUGGCUGAAAGCCGUAUAAUACCUAAAGGUCAGGGACUUUCCCCAGAAACAGGUCCUGACUCCAUGGAGAGCAGAGCAGUGGAGGAUCCAAUUCCGAGACUGCUACGUAAAUAUGUCAUCCCACGUGUUCACAGACUUCACUGUCAUCAACAAGGUCCGGAUCUAUCCAAUUCUUACUCUCAAUCAGCUCCAGAUAGAGAAACUGUAAGUUCACCGUCACAGUCUGAUACUUCCACGACUGCUCCUAAUGAUGCAUUAAUGAGAAUAGAGAAUCUUAAGGUCAUUGAUAUAAGCCAUAAUAAUCAUAUUAUAACAAAGAUGAAACCAGCAGAGACUAAACCACUAGAGAAAAACAAGAAGGCUGCAGUGGCAGAAGAAGAAGUAACCCUACCGGACAUAAUAGACACUAAAAUGCAGCAAAGACUUUCCGAGGACACUGCCAAUGAGGUUGAAGACUAUAAGACCAUCGAUGUAACAUUGCCUGAGAUUAAACCUGAGCAAUACAAGACAAUACAGAGGCCAAAGUAUACAACGAUCAACUACGGGGAUCCUUCAGUCAAACAAAAAUAUAAACCCAAAAUCAUACGUUUCACUGACACCUUCACUUUUUAGGUUGUUACCAAUGGAUAGGUGUUGACGGGAGGUCAGAGAAGUAGAAUCAGUGUUUGCUGAUCCUUCCACAUAUAUAAUGUUGACUUAUACAUCAGCAACAAUCACAGCUGCAGCACCAGUAACACUGGUGUCUGUCUUUGUCUUUCCAUCAUCAAAUAUAUGGAAUUUGAAAAGAAUAUAGACAAUAAACCUUUUUUAAUGAAAAGUGCAUUGUUUAAUCUGUAAAGUAAAACUUUUUAUAUCUGCAAACAAAUGCCAAUGCUGAUACUGAGUCUGGGUUUGUCUCUACAAUAAAGAAAAAUACAAGAAAACAUUGCUAACUUUUAUCAUGUGUCACAACAGUGUUGAUUAAAAAAAAAAUGUCAUGUAAUAUGUUUGUUUUGAAUGCCUUUGAGUGAAUGGGAUAGAAAUGAAUAACGGGGUUCUACAGAAGGAAAACGAUAAUUUAUAGU